UAUCGCACAGUGAUUAUUUUUGUGCAGUGAAAAGAUCAUCCAACAGUUGUUUUGCUGAACUGUAUGACCAUAAUUCAGGUGAAUUAAUUUGGCAUUUUACUCUUUCCUGCAACUCUUUCCCAACAGUCUUAAAAGUGUAUUUAAUCUUAUGUCAAUGUCAACAUAUGACAAGGAUAUAAUGUGACUUUAAUGUACUACGCGUACGUUAUCGAUGCACGAAUAUGGGCCAUGAAUAGAUCAACCAGAAGCUGAUAAGCUCUGCAACCCGUUCUCGUCCAACUAGUUGGGCGUGAGACCCCGCAUAACCUGGAGCUUGUGCGCUGCGACAACAACUGCAAUGGAGGUCAAUAGAGGCGAGUGCAUUGAUCUGAAGCGAGAGCGCGAGACGUCAACAAUUGUCAGCGAAGACCUUGCCGUGUGGUGGGCUGGUGGGCGUGUCCAGCUUGAGGAGCGACGUGCGCUAGAACGUUACUUCUUCAAUAAUCCCGAAUUCGAUGAUGCCGUGCCGCCCAGUUGCCUGUCGUACAAAGAGCGCUACGAGCAUGUCCUGGCUAAGGGCACCAAAUUUAUAGCCAAGUUGCGGGAAUGGCAGGCAAAGGAUAAGCAGGCUCAGCAGCAGGACAAAGACAGCGUGGACCUUCAGCUGAUAUACGAGUUUCGCACACUGCUGUCUGGCCCAUUAGCGACGGCGCUGUUCCAGCAGAGUUUUCCGCUGCGCCUGCACUUCGCGAUGUUUAUGCCCACACUGCUGAACCAGUGCAACGAGGAGCAGCAACGUCGCUGGCUAACACGCGCCUGGCACAUGGAUGGCAUUGUGGGCACCUAUGCCCAGACGGAGCUGGGCCAUGGCAGCUAUAUACGCGGCUUGGAGACGCGUGCCGACUAUGAUGUGGAAGAAGAGGAGUUUGUUCUCAAUACGCCCACAAUAAGCGCCUACAAAUGGUGGCCCGGCGGAUUGGGCCACACGGCCAACAUGGUCGUCGUGCUGGCCCAGCUCUAUAUCCGGGGCAAGCAUCACGGCCUGCAGACGUUUCUAGUGCGCAUACGGGAUGAACAGACACACGAGCCGCUUCCGGGCAUCGAUGUGGGUGACAUCGGCCCCAAAAUGGGCGCCAAUGGUGUGAACAACGGCUUUCUGGGCUUCCGCAAUGUACGCAUACCUCGCGACCAGAUGCUCAUGAAGAACGCACAGGUGCUAGCCGAUGGCCAAUUCAAGCAGGCUGCACAUCCGCUUCUCAUCUAUGGCACCAUGGUCUUUGUGCGUGUCAUCAUUGUGCGGGACGUAAUGUUUCAGCUGCUCCAAGCAGCGACCAUAGCCACACGCUACUCCGCCGUGCGUCACCAGAGUCCCAUUGACCCGAAUGCAAAGGAGCCGCAAAUCUUGGAUCAUUUGACGCAGCAGGUUAAGAUCCUGCCGCAAAUAGCUCGCGGGAUCUGCUUCCGCUUGGCAGCGGACGUCCUCUGGGCUUUUUACCAGCGCGUCAUGAAGCAACUGGAGACAAAGGAUGGCUCAGGCCCGUUGGCGGAGCUGCACGCACUUAGCUGCUGCCUCAAAGCCGUCUGCACUCAGGAUGCUGUCGAGGGCAUCGAUGUACUGCGCAAAUCCUGCGGCGGGCAUGGUUUUAUGGCAUCUGCCAACUUUGACAGCAUCCAUGGCUUAGCUGCCGCCGCCUUCACCUACGAGGGCGAGCACACAGUGCUGCUGCUGCAGACGGCACGCUUUCUGAUUCGCCAAUUUACCGAUUCCCUUAAGCGCAAGGUGCUGCCCGCCAGCGUCACCUAUUUGCGCAAUGCAGCGCCUUUGAGCUGGGGCGACAAUCUGCUCGAGAAUGCAGCCCGUGCGCUGGAGAUCAGCGCCACUGGUCAGCUACGCGAUGCCUGGCAAUGGCAGCAGGAGCAGCGUCAAUCGCAUAGCCGCACGGAGCACCAAGUCAACAAUUUGGCCGGACGACGACUCGCAGCGGCGGCUGCGCUACACGGUCACGCCUACUUGGCACGCAACGCCCUGCAGCAGCUGGAACAGCUGAAGAGGAGCACAAAUCAAGGAUUGUUUGAGCUCCUGCAGCAGCAGGUGGAACUGUUUAUAUUGGACACAUUCCAGCGACAGCUGGGCGCCAUACUCAAAUGGAACAGCGUCAACGGACAGCAGCUAAAGCAGUUGGAGCAGCGCUAUGAGCAGUUGCUGGGCAUACUCCGUCCCAAUGCAGUGGCUAUAGUCGAUGGCUUUGACUUCCAUGAUCGUGUGCUUGGCUCAACGUUGGGCUGUUGGGAUGGCCGCGUGUACGAGCGUCUGUUUGAGGAAGCGCGUCGCAAUCCGCUUAAUCAGGAGACUGUCAAUCACAGCUAUCAUACGCAUCUGAAGACCCUUUUGCAGCCGAGCAAGCUAUGAGGCAU